AUGAGUUUGUUAAGCUACAACUUCCGGGGGCUUGGCAACCAACGGGCAGUUGGAAGGCUUAAAAAGCUGCUAAAUAAUGAGGCUCAUGAUAUAGUUUUUCUAAUGGAAACCAAGAGAAGUGCGGAGGAGAUGCAGGUUGUUAAGAGUCGGUUGGGUUUUUCGGAAAGUUAUUUUGUGGAUUCGGAGGGGAGAGCAGGAGGGCUAGCACUAUUGUGGAAUGACAACAUUGGAGUUACUGUUCUGUCGGCUUCGCUACAUCACAUCGAUUGCAUAAUCAAAGGCCUAUUUUGUGAGGAGGAGUGGCGCCUCACUUGUUUCUAUGGGUGGGCAAGCGCCCCGGACAAACACCUAUCAUGGGAGCUCCUUCGUUCUAUCAGGAACGCAUCCCUACUCCCAUGGUUAGUUGUAGGGGAUAUGAAUCAGAUUCUCUUUGAAGCUGAAAAAGAGGGCGGGCAACCUCGGAGCCAACGGGAGAUGGAUGAAUUUCGUGAGGCCAUGGACGAGUGUGGGUUGAUUGAUUUGGGAUACUUUGGGAAGCCAUUUACUUGGUGGAAUAAACAAACAGAGCAAUUCGCAGUGUUUGAGAGGCUGGAUAGGGGAGUUGCAUCGCUUGAAUGGAUACAACUGUUACCUCACAUUGGUGUAAUCCAUCGCCCUAGUGACAAAUCAGACCAUAUCCCAAUAGAGCUAACCACAAUGCCCAGGAGUGGAACGCCUCGUAACCGAUGCAAGCCUUUUCGCUUUGAAGACAUGUGGUUAUCUUCUCCGGACUGUGAAGAGGUUGUGAAGGGAGCGUGGACAAGUACAGUAGGGGAUGCGAAUGACGUGCUUGGGAAGAUCUGUAAUCCCCCGUAA